AUGAACCCCAACCUCCCCCAGUCCACCCUUCUCCAACCAUUCCAAUCCCUCUCCAUCCCCCCCACCACAGCAAGCCUCGACUUCGGUCGCGAAUUCGCGGCAGGCAAAGCUCCGGAGGAAAUCGUAUCGAUCAUCAACCGCACAUUGGAGUCUUACGGUAGCUGCAAGAUCAAGAGCUUCUCUCUGUUCUUCGGCCCGCUCGAUAUGUUCCUCUCCGACAUCGAAAACUGGAUAGAAUUUGCUAUAUCGCAGGUGGUCGAAGAGCUUAAUCUCGACUUUUCCAUGGGGUGGUCUGACCCUCCGUGGAAUGAAGAGUUCAACAUCGAGGACUACGUAAUGAAAUUACCGACAUCUUUGUACUCGUGUGAAUCAUCGACACACUUAAGCCUAAGCCACACCGAUUUCUGCCCGUUGGCCAACUUUUGUGGGUUUGAUCAUCCCCAAUUCUUGUCGCUUCGGCAUAUGAAGAUCACGGAGGGCGCCCUCCCAUCUAUCCUAUCAAAAUGUCCCCUUCUUAUCAGCUUGAGCCUCAGAGAUACACACUCUACCGAGUCGAUCAGAGUUUUUAGCCCCGAACUUUUACUAGAGAGAUUGGAGAUCAUAAGGUGCGGUUACACCACGGAGUUCAGAAUCCUUGCACCCAAGCUCAAAUCAUUCAUUUUUAACAGCGGACUCUUCUUCGAUGACGACUCCUUCGCCGAUAUCUCUUCUUUAGAGGAUGCUUUCGUAAAUUCGAUAGAAUUCGAAGCUUGGGAGCCUGAAGACGACUAUGUAAAGAUAAUCUCCGAUCUCUCGCAUGUUAAGAUCUUGACUGCGUGCAUGACGACUCUAAGGUUCUAUGUUUGUAAAGAAUUUGAUGCUGAAAAUUUGGCGGUUAAGCUACCAAACUUGCGAGAGCUGCAGAUACUUAUGGACUUGAUGAGCAGCUACACUCUCGAAGUUCCCUACAGCUUUCUAUGGUUUUGUGAAGCACCAUUGCUUGAAAAGCUAUUCAUUCAGCUAACGACGGCGCCUGAGGACUCCGAGUAUAAUAAUAUUGACCUGCAAGAACCACCGGGUGUUCCCUUUAAUCAACUCAAGGUGAUCAAACUAAGCAGUUUCAAAGGGGGCAAUAAUGAAAUGAGACUGGUGAAGUUUCUUCUUGAAAGGGCUCCUGUGCUAGAGAAGAUGCUUAUAGUGCCUGCUCCAAAAGCUCUUCUGAAGGAGGACAUCAUCAGCAAUGAACUGAAAAGUGAACUCCCUUUGUUGCCCAAAGCAUCUCCUCAAGCUACCAUAGUCUUGUGUGAACACUCAUCAGAGGAGGAUGAUGAGGCACUUAUUCCUACCCACAAAGAGCUCUACUGUGAAUUCUAG